AUGGCACUUUCGCCGGAAAGGGUAUUCGGUAUCUUGAUCACCGAGGAUAUAGAUGAAAUAUUAGUUGGACGGAGAGACACAAGCUUCUGUGGUGAGACCGACGUCUUUUCCAGGCUGCCAGAUGAGAUUGUGGAUCUGAUCCUGUCCAACCUCAUCACGGGCGAUAUCUAUCUGUACCAGGCCGGUUGCCCGUACACUCUCCACGCCGCUGCAUACCUCAGACAAGUAUGUCGUCGAUUUCGAAACCUGAUCGAUGGGUUGAUGUUUAUUACUCCUCUCCGGCACAUCCGGCUCAUAGGUGGUAUUUCCGGCGACUACACCGAGAUGACGACUGUAUAUCGAGAAUAUCGGAAUAGUCUUUAG